CCCAUGUGUACUUGGGCAGCACGUGUGCUCUUAGUGUCUGCUCUGUGUAAAUUAUUUAAACAACUUUUCACUGCACAGCUCUGUGGUGCGCAAGUGUUAACGCUGUUUUAUCGGCCAGCCUUAUCCCAGCAUGUCAUGUAGGGCAGUGAGCAUCCUUGCAGCACUUAUUAUUAUCUUUUAGGUUUGCUAACAAUAAGAUAGUGAAAAACUAAUUUACAGUCUUGAAGUGCAAGGCUUAGGGUUUCUUAUGUCUGAAAAUGGCCCCAAAAGUUUUGAGGCAGGUACAGGUUGUCAUGGUUGCUGCUGAUGUCACAGUCCCAAAUUGAGCUGCGGAUACUCUAUGAGGGCAGUUCCACAUACACCAAGUAGUUCCAUCAUUUUCAAUGCAUCCUAGUUGGUCAGGCAGGUAAGUCCGUUGGCUCAACCACAUCUCCAGCCCACUCCAGUGCAGUCCUCCCUUCCCAGGGCAUGAGAGCUUCCUUCUCCCUGUCUGACCCUGCUGCCAGUGUGCGUCAGGGAGCCCUCUGAGGCUUUUCACAUCUCCUGCAGUAGGCUGCACAGUAAACUACGUGUGAGAGGAAGCUAUGGCAUCAAAGGAGCCAGCCUCCUUCGUGGACAGAACCACCUGGGAUUUCCUCAACCUACUGGAUAUGCUGGGGAGCCGGAAUGGACGAGUGGGUGUGAUGGAGGUGGACCAUGCUGAGUCAAGAGCUCCCUCAUUGCUGGUGGAUUUCACCCGGGACCUGUGUGGCACAGGGGACAUCAAGCACAGACCACAGCAGGCAGAUGAUGAGGGAAAGGAAGAGGAGGACCUGGUUCCCCCACAUCUGAUUUUCAUGCUGUGGCAAGCCAGUGUGUUGAAAAGGCUCAUGCAGUGGGAUCACCUGGAGGAGGCUGUCCGGGACGUGAGGAACCUCCUCCCCUGCCUGCCGGACGUGCUGGUGCUUGUGAUGAUCCGUCCUGACUCCCAGGAGCAGCUGGACCAGGCAGUGAGCGCGCUGAGAAGAAUGCAGUGUGUGCUGGAUGGGGCCCUGCAAGUGACUGUGGAGACUGCAAUUUACAGCCCAGGCCAGCCUGGAGGUAUCCUGGAGGCAAAGAGAGCUGCCUGUAGGGCACUGAGAGAAGCUUUGAACUGCCACGAAGAAGUCGACUCCCAGGAGCCGUUUGUUAUUUCGCUCCCAGAGCUCAGAUACUGCCGAGUUCUGCCUGAAUGUAGGCAAGAGAAGGUAUCAAAGACAGAUGGAGAAUGAAUUCCCUUGGGCAGCAGAAUGUGUCAGGUUGGUUUUAGCACUGUCCUGCCCCUUUGCAGAACACUUCCUGGUGACUUGCUUGUCUGCCCAGGCCUUUUGCAUGAAUGAGAUUCAGUGUGUGGCUGCUGCCAGAAGGGGACACUGUGCCCUCAGCAUGGACGCCACAUGUCCUUGCCACAAAGCUCAGAGUUCUUUGCUACAUUGGCUGAACAAUCUGACCUGGGAAACUUCUAUCAAAAAUCACCACGUUUCUCCUUUGCAUUAAAUGCCUUGAUUAUCAAAAUGUUCCUAAAAAACCUGUCCCUAAGGAAACUGUCAGCAGAGAGGGAAUCAGAGCAGGCCAGAAGCCUCUAGAUUUAAAACUAUCCCAAAACUGAAACAGUGAGAAAAACUCAAGACUAAGGCCUCAGACCAUGUUUUCCCAGGAGAACCUGGAUGCAGGUGUCUUUGGUUCAUGGCUCUCAUCAGGAACAAAGCUCCUUAAACUCCCCAGGGUUCUUUGUAGCAGGGAGUUGACUUAGAUACAAGUGGGUACACAUGCAGCAGAUUGAGUUUCUGGGAUGGAUUAUUUUGGAUUGGAGAAACUAUGGGAGUAGUAGAAUAAUUUUAAGUCCAGUUACCAACAUAAUAGCUGAAAUAGUUUCCCAUCCUCUGUGGGCAUGGCAAAGCACUACAAAGGUAGCUGCAUUUUUUUUGCAUUGGGAGUUUAUAUGUAUUUUUUCUGUGGUGUUUUUUAUAGAUCUUUUGUCAUCCUAAGAUCUUCAUUAUCAUCAAAGGAAGGAUUAAA